AUGAUACAAUGUAUGAUAAAAACAGGUACAUCAGAAAGUCAUGCUAAACAAUUAGCUGAUGUACUGGUAGCAGCUGAUAUAAGAGGACAUUACAGUCAUGGAUUAAAUCGAUUAGGUAUGUAUGUUCGCGAUAUGCAGGAAGGUAUAUGCAUGAAAGAUGGUGUGCCGAAAAUUCUCAAAGAGAAUGCCGCAAGUGCAUGGAUUGAUGGAAAUAAUUUACUUGGCCCAGUGGUUGGCAAUUUUUGCAUGGAUAUAGCAAUUAAAAAAGCCAAGGAAGCAGGUGUUGGCUGGGUUGUGGCUAAAGGAUCAAAUCAUUUUGGAAUUGCUGGUUGGUAUAGUAUUCGUGCAAUGAAUGAAGGACUUUUAGGGAUGGCAUUUACAAAUACAUCGCCAAUUAUGUAUCCAACUAGGUCAAGUGUCGCAGCACUUGGGACAAAUCCUUUGACACUUGCUGCUAAGGCUAAAAAUGACACAUUCAUAUUGGAUAUGGCCACUACAACUGCUGCUAUUGGAAAGGUUGAAAUAGCAGCACGUAAAGAGCAAACUGUUCCGGAUACAUGGGGUGUGGGAAAAGACGGUUAUGUUAGCAAUGAUCCGGCAAAAAUACUGGAUGGUGGCGGUCUUUUACCUCUUGGCGGAAGUGAAUUAACCGGUGGCUAUAAAGGAUAUUGCCUUGGUGCAUUAGUGGAAAUUAUUUGUGGCGUACUUGGCGGUGCGCAAUGGGGACCACAUGUGAGACAAUGGAUGUCAACAGCUGCUGUUGCUAAUUUAGGACAAUGUUUUAUUGCAAUUAAUCCAAAUGAAUUUGCACCAAAUUUUGAAAAUCGUUUACAAGAAUUUAUUGAUGCAAUGCGAGGAUUAAAAUCGGUUGAUAAUAAACAAGUAUUAGUAGCUGGUGAUCCAGAAAACGAGCAUAUAGCAUUGGUGGAGAAGUACGGUGGCAUACCGUACCACCCAAAUCAAAUUAAUUAUGCGGAAGAAUUAGCUAAGACAUUGGGCGUAUCAGCAAUGAUUACAAAGAGUACCGUAUAA